AUGGCUGGAGACGGAUCCACUCCUCCGCGCAAGGUCUCACCCUCGCCGUUCGGUCUGCACAGUGAUGAGAACGGAUCCGAGUCGUCUCCGAUCACCUUUGCGGGUAGCGUGGGUGCCAAAAGAAACAGCCAGACCAUCGCCCGCACCGAGUCACCAAUCCCAUUGACUACCUCAAAGCUAGGAAACCAGGCUGCUCGUGCCUCCAGCCGCAAGCCUUCCAAGGUUAGCCAUGUCGAUAGCUCCGAUGCUGUCGACAUCACCGCUGACACCCUGGCCCAGAUGUUGAAGACGGACUCGUCUCCCGACUCGACUUCUGGCAGCGAGUCUCCCAUGAACACUCUUCUCGCCAAGCUUUCCGAGCAGCAGAAUAUCUUGGACAGGCAGAAGAACAACCUGGUAGUUGCUCCUGAGCCCCCCGUGGGAGGCGUUCCGCAAGAUCUUCUCAUGGUCGGCGCCACCCCAGUAAGUGCCAGCAGCUGCGAGAUCAAGAUCUACCUGGAGCAUGACUAUAGCCACCCUCCUAAACCCUCGCCGCUCACUGCGUUUCAGAUCGACUCUUCGUCCAAUGGUGAGAAUUCGACCUCGGCCACACCUGACAAGUCCAACACCCCUGCGACGGACGAGGGCUACAAUCUACCCAAGCCCGACCCUAUUGCAUUCUUUCGCAUGCAGAAGGAACUUGCAAUUGCGAAGCAGGAGCUCAAUCGUAUGGACACUGAGCUUUCUCAGACUCGCAUCGCCAACCACACUGUCAAUCAGGCCCUUGGACCUCAGUCGGAUGCCGGAUAUGACACUCACAGCCAUAGCCCCGAGAAGAUGAUCCCCUAUGCCUUCAACACGGGUACCAAAAUCGCGUCCGCUCUGUCACGUCAGGACACAUGGUCAUCCCAGGAUGAGGCGACGGCUCCGGCAAGCGAGGUGUUCCCUACUGGCAACUUCAACCGUGGCCGCGGCUCUACAAACCAGGCCAUCUGGACCAACGGCUUCAAGCCCAACCUUGCAUAUCAGGUACCGGCACCGUUCGAACAGGCUUCUGGUUACGGUGCGAGCACGUGGAAUGCCGGUGGACGCCAGACUUUCGGCGCAAGCGUUGGAUUUGCCAUGAACAGUCAAACCGGCUAUGGACCAAUCCAGCCGCAGCAGUACGGUAUGCCCGGCCCUGUGGACAAUGGCUAUCGUGGCACUCCACAGCUCGUAGAUGAGGCGGCUCAUUACUCUAUGCCGCGCAUGAACCCUCCCAGCAGGCCGACUUCUGCAUUCGGUGGACGCAACAAUGGCUGGAACAGCAACUACACGUACAACAACCCUAUCGGUGGUCCUCGGUUCAGUCCGCCCCAUAUGCAAGGUAACGGCAUGUACCAGGCUCCGGGCGCUUACCAGGCCGGCCCCAUCGGCAGCCGGCUGUCCCCCACUGCCGCUGAGUUCAAUGUUGUGAACGACACUAAGCCGGUCUGGGGGGCUCCUGGUGACCAGUCGAGUUCCACAUACAUCUCUCCGAACGAACCGAUCAACUACCGUCGCCUGCUUGACCGCAACAUGAACUGCAACUGGGAUCUCAUUGUCAACAAGAUCGUUCACAACAACGACCAGCAGGCUUCGAUCUUCCUCCAGCAGAAGCUUAAAGUUGGCACUGCGGAGCAGAAGUUCGCCAUCGUCGAGUCUAUCAUUGCGCAAGCUUACCCUCUCAUGAUCAACCGCUUUGGAAACUUCCUCGUUCAGCGAUGCUUCGAGCACGGUACUGCAGAGCAAGUCAUCGCCAUUGCGCAAGCCAUUCGCGGCAAUACGCUACAGCUGAGCAUGGACGCAUUCGGCUGCCAUGUGAUUCAGAAGGCCUUCGACGCUGUUCCGGAGGAGUACAAGGCGAUCAUGGUCCAUGAGUUGCUCCGCCGCAUUCCAGAGACGGUUGUUCACCGCUAUGCCUGCCAUGUCUGGCAGAAGCUCUUCGAACUCCGUUGGAGCGAUUCCCCUCCCCAGAUCAUGAAGUACGUCAACGAGGCUCUCCGCGGCAUGUGGCAUGAAGUUGCCCUUGGAGAGACCGGUAGUCUCGUCGUCCAGAACAUCUUCGAGAACUGUCUUGAGGAGGACAAGCGCCCUUGCAUUGAGGAGGUCCUGGCCAGCAUCGACAUCAUCUCGCAUGGUCAGUUUGGUAACUGGUGCAUCCAGCACAUUUGCGAGCAUGGAGCUCCGCAGGAUCGCACCCGUGCCAUCGAUCACAUCCUCCACUAUGCCACGGAGUACAGUAUGGACCAGUAUGCCUCCAAGGUAAUCGAGAAAUGUCUCAAGAUCGGCGGCACUGAAUUCCUCGACCGUUACCUUGAGAGGGUCUGCGAAGGUCGUGCCGAUCGUCCUCGUAUGCCACUUGUUGACAUUGCCGGCGAUCAGUUCGGCAACUAUCUUAUCCAGUACGUCUUGAGCAACUCUAGCCCGCAGCACCGCGAGAUUGUGGCUUCGCACGUUCGUAAGCACAUGGUCUCCCUCCGUGGCUCCAAGUACGGCUCCCGUGUGGCGAUGCUGUGCAGCAACCCGGCUUAUGCGACGCGCCCUGGCCCUCCUGCAGGCAUGCAGUUGAACCGCAACAGCAGCUACAACCAUGGCCGCGGCUAUGGAGGCUACCGCUAA